UGAACUCUUAAGUGAAGCACACCCUCCGCAUGAGCCGUAACAGAGUGAACGCUGCCCGCAUGGAUUAGAAACUGUCCAGAAACGCAGGUUUCUCACUGGGAAUAUGUGACUGUCGAACGUGUGGAAUAUGGCUCAGCACACGACGGUAAAAUCUCAGCUGCGGAGAUCUUUCAGCGAGCAUGUCAAAGACUCCACCAACAAGGCUUGGGAUGUCUUCUGGAGGGGUGUGAGGGAGAGGCGGCUGUGGGAGAUUGAAGCCAAGGAGGCCUGUGAUUGGCUGCGAGCAGCCGGCUUCCCUCAGUAUGCGCAGUUAUUCAAAGAUUGCAGAUUCCCCAUUGACAUCGAGUGGGUGAAGCGCGAUCACCACUUCCUGGAUAAGGAUGCACUCGAGUCGCUCUGCAGGAGGUUAAUCACUUUAAACAAAUGCGUGGAAAUGAGGCUGGAGCUGCGGAGAUCAAAACGCAGGGGAGAUGACAGUGGUGAGGAAGACUUCUGUGCCAUCAGCCCCAACUGGACCUACGACAAGCGGACGCGGCAAUGGCGACGCCUGGACUCCGCCGUGGAUAUCCUCCAACUGUCCCCCAACUCGCCUGAUGUGUCGACAUGCGAUGACCACCAUGAUAUCUGCUCCAUCCACAGCUCCAGCAGCACUGAGAGCGAAGGCCACGAAGAACACCAAAAGAGACUGCGAGAGCCGACUGACGGCUCCACCGUCACCACCGCAAGCACCCCAGAUGACCUGGAGAACAGCAGGAGCCCGUCCCGCUGCUCAUCCUCGAACAAGACCCCGUCCCUGGAUACUUCUCUCAGUGGACCCCCCUCCCCCGGUGGAGGGUCCUCCAGUAUGAGUCUCGAAGCCGAGAGCUGCUACCCCGAGAAACCACCCAGGAGGAAGUGUACCACAUUGCUGAGGAAGAUGGAGAAACUGAGGCUCAAGGGGGUAUCAGGUGAAAGCAGCAGCAGGGGUCGGGCCCGGCGUGUUAUAAGCAGGCCUCUUCUUGUCCCAGACGAAGAGAGGAUGGAGGGGCUCCACUGCACGUCAAGUCUGCAGGAUCAGCCCAGCAGUCAUGCUUCUUCGUCGCCCUCGUCUCCUCACACCAUCAGCAGCAGCAGCAGCAGUAACAGCCACUCAGAGAGCAGCAGCACCGUCAGCACGCCCAGCCCGGUCACUCGGGUCAGGAGCAACUGCAAACGAUCCAGCAACAACGUCGGGGUUGGCGGUGGGACGAACCACACAGGACCAGAGGACUACAAGAACCAAAUCAACAAUAACAAUAACAACAGCCAGCAGAACAUGGUCUUCACGAUCCCCCACGGACACAAACCAGGGACCUUUCCCGCCUCCCUCACGCACAAACACGCCAACCUAUUACCCAUCAGCUAUGACACCUCCGUGAACUGGAGGACUGGGAGCUUCCACGGUUAUCGGACGCGUCAGACAAGAUGCCAUGGGAUUUCUUCUCUGGCGACCGGGAGCAUCUCAUCCUGCGACGUUCCCAGCCCACUGCCUGUGCUCGAUUACCGGUUGAGCGUCUAUGACAAUGUGCCUGACCACCACCAGCUGUCUGAAAGUGAAGGCGGCAGCGGUGGAAGCGCCAGCGAUGCAGACCGGAUGAGUGAGUCAGAGGUGAGCCGAGUGUUGGCAGGUGAGGACGUUUUCUCAGCUCUGGACAGCGUUUUGGAGAAAAUCAGUGAUCUCCAGCAACUGGUGUCCUCCUGGUCCGAAAACUUGUCUGAAGAUGACAGUCAAAGAACCUCCUCCUCUUCCUGCUCUCAGGACUCGCCUGCUCACGGCUCCUCUGCUGCCUCCCCCUGCCCCUCCUCGCCCAGCCAUAUCAACCUGGAGGUGCAGCUUUCAGAGGAGGAGGAGGCUGAGAACUGUGAGAAGGUUCCCUUGGAGUCGAAUGCCGUGUUACGACGGAGAAAGAGCAGCAGGGUGAGCCAACAGCUCCUCUGGUCCAGCGAGCAGAGCCUGCCCUCCCUGCCCUCCAGUCCAGGCGUGGAGAACCAGUCCGCCUCCCAGUUCCUCCUGCUCCAGAAGCUGUCACUUCUCAAACUCACCGCUCUGAUGGACAAGUACUCCCCGUCCAGCAAGCAGGGCUGGAACUGGACUGUUCCCAAACCCCCGAGGAAGACCAGGCCGAUGGAGCUGAAAGGCCGACAAGUGUUUGGGGUUCCUCUACUCCUCAGUGCCCAGCAGACAGGAGAACCGAUCCCCCCCUGCAUCCUCCGAGCUCUGGUCUACCUGAGGACCAAUUGUUUGGACCAGGUGGGCCUCUUCCGGAAGUCGGGGUUGAAGUCCCGCAUCCAGUACCUCCGUGAGCUGGUGGAGUCUGAUCCAGACGGAGUUUCAUUCGAGGGCCAGUCCGCCUUCGACGUGGCCGACAUGGUGAAGCAGUUCUUCAGAGACCUGCCCGAGCCAAUUUUCACCAGCAAACUCUGCGAGUCCUUCCUACACAUUUACCAGUAUUUUCCGAAGGAUCAGCAGCUGGUCGCGGCUCAGGCGGCCAUUUUGCUGCUUCCGGAUGAGAACAGGGAGGCGUUGCGGACGCUGCUCUUCUUCCUCAGUGAUGUUGUGGCUUGCGUGGAUGAGAACCAGAUGACUCCCACAAACCUCGCCGUCUGCCUGGCGCCGUCUCUGUUCCACCUCAACACGCUGAAGAGGGACGCUAAUGCAGCUAGGUCCGGUCACAGGAAGUACAGCCUCGGCCGCCCGGAUCAGCGAGACCUGAGCGAGAACCUGGCCGCCACCCAGGGCCUGGCUAACAUGAUCACCGAGGUCCAGAGACUGUUCCAGCUUCCAGAGUUUUGUCCCGGCCAGAGUCUAACCGCCAGUGAUGACGUCUUCACUGAGGAGUCCAGAGGAGGCCUGGUUACCUUGAGUCAAAGCGGCGGUGAGGAGGACUUGGAGGAGAGAAGGCGCAAACUGCAGCUGAGCACCCAGCAACUCCUGAAGGAGGCCAGGGAGAAGAGCCGAGGCUGGGAGAGCCACCCGGCUCCAGAUCACGUGGAGCUGGCCUACAAGAAGAUGGACGAUGGCUGCCCGCUGUGGAUGUGGCGAGGCUCUGUGGAGGUGGACGCCGCACAGGGGGAGCUGCUCCACCGGCUGCUGAGGGAGCAGCAGCUGUGGGAGGAAGGCCUUCAUCAGGCCGCCGUCAUCCAGACCUUGUCCAAGGACGCAGACGUCUACCGCUACCUCCUUCAGGGCCAAGGUCACGGCCUGGGCUCGCAGCCCCUACAGGAGCACCUGCUAAUCAGGAUCUGGCAGGCAGACCCGUCCUCCGGCCUGACGUACCUCUCCUCUGUGUCUACCGAACUCCCCGAGGUGCUGGCGGAGGGGAUCAGGGUCCACACCCACAUUUGCCUCUACCUGCUGGAGCCCACAGGAAUCAGGAAGACCCGACUGACACACCUCUGUCGCACAGAUACAAGGGGUCGGUCGCAGGAGUGGCACAGCAAGGUGAGCGGACUCCGCCUGGCCUCCGGUCUGCUGGCCAUCAAAGACUCCUUCAGAGCCGAGUACAAAGAAACAAAGAUAUGAGCCCAUGCAGAGAAAGUCAGGCUCACCUGGAGCGCUCCUCCUCCUCCUCCUCCUCCUCCUCCUCCUACUCUUCUUCACGUCUGGUUGAACUGCAAACCGAGCAGAAUGCAGGACGAAACGGGGCGGACCGCACCGUCGCUGUCCUGCGUCUUUCUGGAAGUUUUAAAACUCUGCCGUUGGAGUUUUCUCUAUAUGUUUGCUUUUUACUGUGGGUGACCUUGCGGAUUGCCAGCAGCACCUCUGCACUCCCUGCUGUGCCUGUUACGCUUCACACUCAAGUUCACACACAGACACACAAAAAUGCAAAGCAUGGCGAGCUUUGACAAAGGACGUUUUGAUGGGAGGGUGAAAAAGCUGAGGCUGGUUUGACUUUGAGGAAAAAAAGGAGCAAGUGUGACUUCUGGAAUAAUGGCAUCACCGGCAGGAAGAGAAGGAGGCAGGGGAAGCUGCCGGGACAAAGACAGGAAGCGAGGACAGAAAACAUCAGGAAGCAGACUUUCAGCCACCAGAGAGCGGCUGCUGUAUCAAACCUGUGACCGAGAACAAAGAAAAGGAACGACGUGCGGCCGUCCUGAACGCCUUAAAAGGACAUCGAAAGCUGUGAAGUCGGCUCGACGGUUCUAGAGACGGUCCGGCUAAAGCAAUCGGGAAAAAUCUGAGGAGAGACGAGCAAAUCGUCUUUCUCGAGCUUGGCGGUGACUGCAGGGCGGUGAUGCCUGUAAUAAAGUGGACUUUCUAAUGCCUACACACACUUUUUGCCAUCACCAGAACUUCUAAAUUCGCUCCUGUGACGGUUCGCAGACGAGCGAUAUCUACCUCUACACGGGACGACGCCGCGGUGGUGAAAACUCGGAGGCCGAACUCCAGGAUUUUUUUUGAACUUUGUAUUUAUUCUUGUACAAAUCUUCGAGUGUUGCUUUUAAAGCCUGCUUGACCUGAAUACUGCAUGAAAAAGUCAUUAAAUUCUAUAUCAGAUUAUUUAACUUUAAAGUAUAUCUGAAUACAAAUGUUCUAUCCAGAUAUGUUAUUUAAUUCCUGGCUUUGUGUGUGAAACCUAUCCGUGCCAAACACCUAAUUAAAAUGUUUAUUUCUCCUCAAACCUGCUUCCUGU